UUUAAAUGAUUCUUCAGUGCUGACCAGCAACCGCAAGCUCAUUGCUUGCAAGGACUUUUGCUGGUAUCUAGAAUGAAGCCACCCUCUUGUUAACCACAGAGAGAAAACUCACCGCUCCGGUGUAUAAUUCUUUCCCGGUUCCUCUUCGAUGGCCAUAACACUAUGCUGCUCCGUCUCACCUAAGGCAGAAGGCAAGGAGCCCAGCUUUCUCUGGAAACUGGGUACAGCCACCCUGCUUUUCUGCUCCCGAGACCAAAGAGGACUAACUCUUGGAAGCCAGGGAAGGUGUGAGAAGUCUUCCUGGACUGAGAGUGGAGCAUAGUGCGAAGUUAUCGAGGGCUCGAUCCAGACAGGUCCACCAUGGGCUUUCUGCAGGGCCUUCUCCAAGCAAGAAAGCUGCUAUUGGUCAUCUGUGUGCCGCUGCUGCUGCUGCCUCUGCCCACUAUCUACCCCACCAGCGAGGCUGCGUGUGCUUACGUGUUGCUUGUGACUGCCGUGUACUGGGUGUCCGAGGCGGUGCCUCUCGGAGCUGCAGCCCUCGUGCCUGCCUUCCUCUACCCGUUCUUCGGCGUUCUCCGAUCCAGUGAGGUGGCGGCUGAGUACUUCAAGAACACCACGCUGCUGUUGGUGGGCGUCAUCUGCGUGGCAGCAGCCGUGGAAAAGUGGAAUUUACACAAGCGCAUCGCCCUGCGCAUGGUCUUGAUGGCCGGAGCCAAGCCUGGCAUGCUGCUGCUCUGCUUCAUGUGCUGCACCACCAUGCUGUCCAUGUGGCUCUCCAACACCUCCACCACCGCCAUGGUGAUGCCCAUUGUGGAGGCGGUGCUGCAGGAGAUGAUCAACGCCGAGGAGGACCAGCUGGUGGCGGGCAACUCCAGCACUGAGGAGGCUGAGCUCAUGGGUGUUGAUGUAAGCAACAGACAAACUUCUGUGGAACUCAUCUUUGUCAACGAAGACACGUCGGCUGCAGACUUCACUUCUCUAAUGCAGAACAAGAAUCUGAAUGGUGUGCCGAUGGUCACCAAAUCCAUCAAAACAGCAAACCAACAGCAACAGAAGAAGCAGCAGCCAUCACGGGAAAAACCAGGAAUCCCCACCCCCAGCUCCAAGAACCAAGAACUGAACAAGAAGAAGUACAGAUCCCACCAUGACCAAAUGAUCUGCAAGUGCCUCUCACUGAGCAUAUCUUACGCUGCCACCAUUGGUGGCCUGACCACCAUCAUAGGCACCUCCACCAGCCUCAUUUUCUUAGAGCAUUUCAACAACCAGUAUCCGGCGGCAGAGGUGGUGAACUUCGGAACCUGGUUCCUCUUCAGCUUCCCCAUCUCUCUCAUCAUGCUGGUGGUCAGCUGGUUCUGGAUGCACUGGCUCUUCCUGGGCUGCAACUUUAAAGAGACCUGCUCUCUGAGCAAGAAGAAGAAGACCAGGAGGGAGGAGCUGUCAGAGAAGAGGAUUCGGGAGGAAUAUGAAAAGCUGGGAGACAUUAGCUACCCUGAAAUGGUGACUGCAUUUUUCUUCAUCCUGAUGACGGUGCUGUGGUUUACCCGGGAGCCCGGCUUUGUCCCUGGCUGGGAUUCUUUCUUUGAAAAGAAAGGCUACCGCACUGACGCCACAGUCUCUGUAUUCCUCGGCUUCCUGCUCUUCCUCAUUCCAGCGAAGAAGCCCUGCUUUGGGAAAAAGAGUGACGGAACAGGCCAGGAAGCCUCCAAGGGGAUAGAGCCCAUCAUCACGUGGAAGGACUUCCAGAAAACUAUGCCCUGGGAGAUUGUCAUCCUGGUGGGAGGAGGCUAUGCCCUGGCUUCUGGCAGCAAGAGCUCUGGCCUCUCAACAUGGAUUGGUCACCAGAUGUUGUCCCUCAGCAGCCUCCCGCCAUGGGCUAUCACCCUGCUGGCGUGUGUCCUGGUGUCCAUUGUCACGGAGUUUGUCAGCAAUCCAGCCACCAUCACCAUCUUCCUGCCCAUCCUAUGUACCCUGUCUGAAACACUGCACAUCAAUCCACUCUACACCCUGGUCCCUGUUACCAUGUCUAUCUCCUUUGCUGUGAUGCUGCCUGUGGGCAACCCCCCCAACGCCAUCGUCUUCAGCUACGGGCACUGCCAGAUCAAAGACAUGGUGAAAGCUGGCCUAGGAGUCAACGUUAUUGGCCUGGUGAUAGUGAUGGUGGCCAUCAAUACUUGGGGAGUUAGCCUCUUCCACUUGGACACUUUCCCAGCCUGGGCUCAGGUCAGCAAUAUCACUGAUCAGACUUAACACAAGCGGACAGUUACCUAGCACAGCCAGAGCUGAGCCAUGGGCAAAGAAAACCACCACCAGGAGCACACACCCCAGACCCAUGUGGAGGAUAUUCCUGCCACCAGAUUCCUCUACCUGCCACCAGGCGUGUUGGCUGUGUCUCCCGCCCAGCCUGCCUGCUUUCCUUACCACCAACUCUCAAGAAAGCCUACAGCUGCUCUCUCUUCCGGUGUCCGGCUCCUUAACUCUUUUUGAAGAACUAGAAACACUGCAAGCCUUAGUGCCCUGAGGGGAAGCCUCACAAACUGACUGGCCUCACUAGGUUUUGUGUUACCUGUCAUACCUUCCUAGGAGUCAGAGACGGCCAGAGCUCUCCGCCUGUGCCGACCACAAGACUGUGGCCUCUCUUCUGGGAGAAAGCCUUACCUAUGUUCUCAAGCAUUUCUAUCCUAUCUCUAGAAAAGGUAACCUUGGAUCCUAAGGCUUAGGAGAUCCUCCUGUGGCAAUGUGUACUUUGGUCAGUCUUAUCUGCCUUAAAUCUCUCUUCAGUGGCCCCCCUACCUCGGCACCAAAUUCCUGUAAAGAAAUAAUAUUCUCCUUCAGAGGGAGGCUGACCUGAUUCUGCCAAAGGAAAGAGAUGGAAACAAACUAUCCUGAGAUCAGCUUCUCUAUGUACUGUCAUUACCAGGAGACUCAAUUGCCUCGUGAGUGUGGUGAGGGAAGAAAAAGGUUCAUACCUGUCUUAUUAGGAAGACCAAAACUACAGUUGAGACCACAGUAUUGUUGAUAUUACACUUACUUCUCCAUUUAAUAACUAGCUUGUUUCUGAGAACACCGAGUUCUAAGUGGUACCCAAAGGUCUUGCCAGUCCUUUCCAUGCAUCCACAAGCCCUUUGAGGGGAAGAUGUGCCUUGGGUUCUUUACAAUGUAUUAAACUCUAACUGCUCAA